AUGUGUGGAAUCACGCUCACGAUCGGUCCGGACAACGACCUGUCCCUCGCGCGCUCGUUGCAUGCCGCCAACGCUGCGCGCGGGCCGGACACACAAGGCGUGUACGCCAGACGUGUGGGCGCUGACCUCCUGCUGCUUGGAGCCAGCGUACUUGGCCUUCGCGGCGCGGUCACAGCGCAACCAAAGGUUGGGACUGGCGUGCUCGCCUGGAAUGGGCAAGUGUUCUCCGGCCUCGACGUUGGUGUUCAUGAUAAUGACACUGCCCGUCUCUUCGCUGCGCUCGAGGCCAGCGAGGACCCUCUUAGCGUCCUCGCCGCGAUCGAGGGCCCAUGGGCCUUUGUUUACAUCCGCGCCAACAAGGUGACGUUUGGCGUCGAUCCACUGUCGCGUCGCUCGCUAUUACUGCACAUGCCUGACGAGACAUGCAAGAGUCUCAUCGUCUCGUCCACACGUAGCCCGCUGGCGCGCGAGCGUGUGAUACAGAUGCGUGCACUCGAAGGAGGCGAGGUCGGCGUGCUCGACCUGUCAUGCCUCGACAGCAAGGGUGCUAUUAGCUGGCACAGCGCCCUGGCGCUUUCUCGCCUUCCAGUAACGGUUACCCCUGUGAACCGUGUCCUUCCGGCUUCUCCACCGGAGCAACCCGCAGCAGUCGAGGCAGAGGUCGACGUGUUCCUCUCGCAGCUCACUGCGGCGGUCCGGCGGCGGGUAGAGAACAUUCCCGCGCCACCAGUUGGUGGCGCCCGCGUCGCUGUCCUCUUCUCUGGUGGCGUCGACUGCUCCCUCCUUGUUUGCCUUAUCCAUGCAGUGCUGCCACCGGGCGAGCCUAUUGACCUUGUCAACGUGGCCUUUGCGCAGCCCAAGCCUCGUGGCAAAGACAGGCUGUCGGGGCGCGAGGCCGUAGCGGAGCUGCGUACCGCGUUUCAACGCGAGUUUCGCUUCGUCGAGGUCGACGUGGACGCCGAGACGAGCCGCUCCUUACGGCAGUUGGUCGUUGAUGCCAUGUAUCCUAGCGACACGGAGAUGGACCUAUCGCUCGCAUACCCACUAUACUUUGCCUCCCUGGGGCGCGGGCGAGUGGACGGCGAGGAGUACACUGUCACCGCAAAAGUGUACUUUUCCGGACUAGGGGCCGACGAACAACUCGCUGGGUACACGCGCCACCGCAAGGCAUUCGAGCGUGGCGGGUGGGAGGGCCUCAUCGACGAGGUCCAACUCGACCUCGACCGCCUGCCGCAACGAAACCUCGCACGCGACGACCGUGUGAUCUCCGUCCAUGCUCGUGACGCGCGAUAUCCCUAUCUCGACCUCGAGUUUGUCAAGUACGUGUCGGCGCUGCCUGUAUGGGCCAAGUGUAACCUCGCCCUCCCAGCCGGCGAAGGGGAUAAAGCGCUCAUCCGCCUGGCGACUGCACGUUGUGGCAUCAGCAAAACGGCGAGACGUGUCAAACGUGCCAUGCAGUUUGGUACAAAGAGCGCAAAGCUGUAUCAAGGUGCACCAAGGGGCUACAAGGCAGGUGAGCAGCGGAUUGCUGAUUAA